UGAGCACAAUUCAGUUACAGUGGAAUGCCUGCAGACGUGAGUCGGAGCACCUUGUGUCAUGGCAGCCGAUGUCAAAGUGACACCAAAGUGUAGUUUAGAUUCUAAUGAUUGUGUAACUCUUCAAAAUAUUUUAAUCUCUUUCAAUGCACCAAUCACAGAGCAACAUGCGUGGGCCCUGUGUCAUCAGUGUGCGAAGUGUUUCAAAAACGCUAUUGAGAUUGAUAGAGAAAGGUGUCGUGUAGUGUCUAAAUUGGAUCAUAUCUUAAUUCAUAGAGAAGGGCAGGUGCAUUUCAACACAGUGCUUGUACAAGGAGGGAGCAGCGAUAUAGACUCCCCGCGGAAACCAUUUUCAUCAGAGCACAAGCUGGUGUCGUACCUGGGCAUCGUCAUAUUUCGCGCCCUGGACUUCGGGUUGAGCGAAGAGGAAGAACGACAUCUGAGUCCUGACUUGGAGAGGCUCAUAGACAUGAUGACAGCUGCCGGUGAGUUUGAGCACCACUUUCUUUCUUUCUUUCUUUUACUCCGGACUCGACUUUAA